AGAAGAAAGUGUCAGGCUGUGGACUAAGAGACUUAAGGGAAAGCAGAAGUGGUUUCCUAAUAGCUCAUAUUUGGCCAAUAGAAACCAGAGUUUAUGGAUGAAGACAGUCGUUUUCAUUCAGGAGACGAUGGAGAACCGUCUUUCUUCAUUGGACAGGUGAUGAGGAAGCUCCUACGUGCUGUCAUCAUGAUGACAAAACGUAUCCGCCUGAGAAUUCUGCAGAUCAUUGUUGUGGUCUUUGUGGUCUUCCUGCUCCUCUGGAUCGCCGCCUUUCUUUAUGGGAGCUUCUAUUACUCUUACAUGCCCCAGGCAGCUUUUUCCACAGCUGUGCACUAUUACUACAGGACAGACUGUGAAUCUCCUGCCUCUUUUUCGUGCUCUUAUCCAGUGGCCAACAUCUCUCUGAUGAGGAACAACAGACAUGUGAUGACUUUCGGCCAGGCCUACACGAUCUCUCUGCAGCUUGACAUGCCUGAUUCUCCGGUCAAUCAGGAGCUGGGGAUGUUCAUGAUCAAGACAGCCUGUUUCUCUCGGGAUGGAGAGCAAACUGCCUCUUCUGCUCGCUCUACAAGACAACUGCUGUCUGCCUCCAGCUCUCGCUUUAGCAUGCUGCGUUACCGUUCAGACCUGCUGAAGCAGCUGGCGACUCUUCUGUUCCUGCCAGCCUUCCUGAGCGGAGUCAGUGAGCAGAAACAAGUGCUGGAGGUGGAGCUGUUCUCAGAGUACAUCGAUGACCCUUAUUCUCCAUCGGUCACAGCCAUUAUUGAGAUUCUGUCCAACAAGGUGCAGAUCUACUCAUCUCAGCUCCUCAUUCAUGCUCACUUCACUGGUAUAAGAUACUUAUUGUUCAACUUCCCUCUCACAUCGGCCUUGGUGGGCGUGUUUAGUAACUUCAGCUUCCUCAGCCUCCUCUUCAUUCUCAGCUACCUGAGGCUUCUGUUUAAAGUGGACUUGAGACCAGAGCAGCGUAGAACUGGAGGACGACUCCCACAAAGAGAAUACAACAUGAGCAACAACCAGCAAAGGAGGGGAAGAGAUGCUGCUGCAGGUUCAUCACAGUCGGUGGGGGCCUUCUAGAUGACCCCGACAUAUUAGAGUCAGGAGGUCACAGAGAUGCAGAACUGAAAUAUGCCUGGUCAGAUCAAAAUGAGUGAAUCAGAGGCAGCCUGAGGCCACUAAUAAAGCAGAGGGAGAAAGUGUAGAGUGUAAGGAUGUUGAUUUAAGAGAGUCAGAAGCAUCUGUACACUGCCUAGACAUGUUUGGUGAUCACCUGAAUGUAGAUCUUACUCUGACAUGCCUCCUGUGAUUCCUCUCUCAACGUUGUUUCAAUGUAAAUGUCAAAGGACCUUACGAUUUAUGGGUAGAACAUAUCUGAACCUAUUUUGUCAGUGUUUUUCAAUAAUUGUAUGACUGAAAUAAACAAGACAAUGUCAGAUAAAAAAGGUAAUUCAGCAUAUACUGACAAUAUAUGUAAUGUAACCAUGCAAUUGUUUAGUAAUAUUUUGACUUUAAAAUCCAAAUAACUGUUUGUCCUGCUUCUUUUUACAAUAGUACAGUGUUUACAGGUCUGUUUGAUCUAUUUCACAUUCUUUCUUUUUAUUUGACAUUAGAAACAUCCCCAACAAUCACGCAAAAAGAAUGUAAAAAUGCUAAAAACAUACCGACUGCAUGCUGAUCCUGUUUUCAUUCAACUAUGAAAUGUAAGGUUGUGGAGCGAUUUCAUCUGUAAAAAUGACUUCUAUUGUGAUCUAAAUGCUACUUGCUUAGGUCAAAUGUUUUUAGCCUUCUCCAUCAGACUGUGAAAAAAUGAUUUAAACAUGUAAGUGUGAAUGUCUUUAAUACUAAAUGUAUCAUAAUUUAAGUUUUAAGACUAAAUGAAUAUUACUUUAUCCCCUCUGAAGUGCAUCCUGUUUAAAUGUUGGAAUAAAACCUAUUAAGGGUUAA